AUGGCUUCGCUAGGUUUCAACCUCGGCUUCUCCUUCUCUAAUGUACAAAUUCAGCAUCGAAAAGUUUCCGGUAGUGGAAGGGCUCGCGUUUUCUCCUGCAGCUCUUCUUCUUCUCAAGCAUCUCCGCAGGGGAUUUCUACCGCCGCGACGCCUCCCGAGAUAGAGCUCGAGUUCUUCGGUCCGAAGCCAGGGAGCGACGGGUCGUAUCCUGUGGAUAAAGCUAAAGCUGUGAGUGGCGAGAAGCUUCUGAGAAGCAUUAUGCAGGAUAACAAAAUCGAACUGUACGCUACUUACGGAAAAGUGAUGAACUGUGGAGGUGGAGGAAGCUGUGGAACUUGCAUUGUCGAGAUAUUAGAUGGCAGAGAUCUUCUGAACGAGAGAACAGAUACAGAGAACCGGUAUCUUAAAAAGAAGCCGGAAUCUUGGAGACUUGCAUGCCAGACAAUAGUAGGGAACAAAGAAAACUCAGGAAAGGUUAUCGUGCAGCGGAUCCCGCAGUGGAAGAAGUGA